CCUUGGCAAUUGCCAUUACUGAAAACACGGUAGAUCAAGAAAUAGGUGAUGAUCCUUCGUUUCUGUUGCAGUAUAUAUUACUUUAUUUUGUUUUUCUUUUCCAAUGUUUAUGGAAAUCUAGUAACGGAGAGGAGGUGAUCGGAGACUAAGAGAGAAGAGAAUGAGAGAAAGAAAGAUGGAGGACGGAGAGGAGAGAGAAAGAAUAAUGAUGAGAAAAAAAAAAUAGUUUUUUUCCACACAUCCUGCCACUUCAUUAUUUGACAGUCUUUUGUUUAAAUUUAAUGACCGUUUUUUAAUAGGACGUUUUAAAUAUAUUCUUAAAAAUUCAUGGACUAAAUCAAAACAUCAAGGACUAAAUUAAGAGACCAAAAGGAUAUUUUUCCUUUAACCUACUUUUUAAGUCACUUGAGGAAUCCCAAGAUUGCAAUUUAAGCUAGAUUAAUAAUGAAGAAAGAAAGUACGAGAGAGAGAAGGCAAGUGUAAAUAAUCUUCCCUCCAUCCCGAAACCCAGAGGAGAAACAGCAGGAAAUUGAGCCCACAAACAAGACAACUGUUUGUACCACAUUUCACUCAUCCCUUCCUUAAUCUCCACGAAACAAUCUGAAACUAAACUAAACCUCGGGAUAGAGAUAGAUAUGACGAUGGCAAUGUCAGAAUUGCUUCUGCAAACCCAGAAAGCCAUUCCUUUCUCCACUCCCUCUCUCAUCGUUUUCCCAUAUAUAAAUUCUUCCCAUAUUCGGAUUCCCUUUCCAAAAUCAUUUCCAACUAACAAAACUAAUCCUCCCAAACAUUCAUCUACCCAUGUCUUUCAGCCCACCCCAACGCACAACGAACAACCACAAUAUCACAACCUUCCAGCUCUAUUGGUGCCACCGAUGCCACCGGACCGUCACACACGCCGCCGCACCCCCCUCGGAGCUUACCUGCCCCCGCUGUUUCGGACAGUUCAUUGAAGAGAUCCAUCUCACCCUCCCUCAAUUUGAUCCCUCGCCAGCAGCCCGUUUACUUGAAGCCCUCUCACUAAUGCUCAACCAGCCAAUUCGUCUCUUAAACAACGGAACCCCAAAUGCAAACCGUCGCCGUCCACCAUUGCACAGGUUCGACGAUUUCGACAGGAGAUCAUUUAGUGAUCCUGAAGGAGACGAAUUGCCUCACUGGCGAACACGGUGGCGCGGUCGAAGCCUGGAUGAGAGGGACAAUUCUGGCCUACCCCCAAAUCCAAACCGGUCUCGAACUGUCAUUGUUUUCGGUCCUCCCGACCAACUUCAGCCAAUUCAACCGAUAUUACCACGGAGAGCUGAUCCUAGAGACUACUUCACUGGACCACAACUCGACGAAUUAAUUGAAGAACUGACACAGAACGACCGACCGGGGCAGCCACCAGCAAGUGAGGAAGCAAUCGAGAGGAUUCCAACUGUGAAAAUAACAGCAGAGCAUCUGAAGAACGACGUGCACUGCCCAAUUUGUAAGGAGGAGUUUGAAGUCGGGGGAGAAGCAAGGGAAUUGAGUUGUAAGCAUAUAUACCAUUCGGAGUGCAUAGUGCCAUGGCUUCGGCUUCAUAACUCUUGCCCAGUUUGUAGGCAAGAGAUGCCACUGUUGACGCCGGAGAAUGGAGCAUCGGGAAGUUCUGAAGAUGAAGAAGGGAUCGGGAGAAGAUGUACCAGGUGGUGGAGUCAAUUGGUGUCAUGGCCAUUUCGGAAUAGGUAUAGGCAGAUUAGUCCAAUGCCACGGAACCGCUUCAGUGCUUCUCGAGAAAUUAAUUCAAGGGGUGGUUUGUCCUACCUCUCUUCCUUAGUCCUUUUAAUGUCGAUGUUUUUGCUACAAAUAACUUGGAUUUUACUUGAACCUCUUCGUUAGGAAUGUAAAUAUAUGUGUGCGUAUAUGAAGACACUGGAAAGGAAAAACGUACUCUUUAGAUUCAUUACCACGGUACACAUUUGGAUUGAGAUUGUCCUCAAAGAUCAGUCUCCAACGUAUAUCAUUUUGAAUGUGUUAGCUCAAAGCACGUUUCAUGUUCUAAACUAAAACAUUUACCUGACACCCGUGGCCCAUUACAUGGCAGGAUGUUGUUAUUUC